UGCUGCCACCCAUCCAUGUAAGGGGACGACCAAAGUGGAGACCAAGCCACGACCGCGUACCUCCUCCUCGCCCUUAUGCUGCCUGCAUAUAAAGGAGUACUAGGCGCCAACCCCAUGGCAAUUUCGUUUCAGAAACCUCCAUCGCCAAUUAAUAUCUCCGUGGUUAGGGAAAAGAGUGGUGCUAGAGAGAUGGAUGGCCACAAUCUGGAGACCAUGAUCCUCAAUACAGCGGUGCCCCUGAUGGCCAUGCAGCUGCUGCUCACGGCGUCGGCUGUCUCCAUGACGCCGGUCGACUCUGCCUGCGCCUGCCUCCGCACCUGCUUCUUCGGCAGCAACUGCUUCCCGAUGAUCUGCGUCCUCUGCCAGAUCAACCUGGGCCGUCUUCUGGCGACGGAGGCCGCUCUGUCGCCGGCGCUGGCGGGCCGGCGCUACUACGCGGUGGGCGCCGUCGCGUGCGUCGUGGAGCUCGCUCUCAAGCUGUGCGUGAUCAUGGUGCUGUGCCCCGCGGAUGGCGUUUAGGUUCGUCGCGCAAGCCUGGAUCGAAGAUGGAUGAUUUUGGAGUCUGGAGAUGCGCCGUCAUGUGGUGUUUUAGUCUCGUCUUACCAUUAUUCCCUUGUUGUCUUGUUGCAUUGGGAUGCGGCCCUUGAGGCUAUAGACUAAGUAUGAAGUUAGAAGGGAUUUGAACUUGUUUAGCUGAAGCCUUCAAGGUUGGAAACUUGGAAACAUGGACAAUAUGCAGUAAUUUGCAACCACA